UGAAGCAAUGGUGUUGUUGUUUUCACCAUGAAACGUACAAGUUCCUUCCCGAAUUUCGGAUAAAAUACUGUGAUAAUAUUAAUAAUUGAAAAACUUAAUUAAACAAAAUGGCAGUGACGGGCGCCAUUCUCGUGGACAGCAGUGUCCUGUCGAAAGAGACGCAGAAGAUCCGCUUCAUCAUCUCCAUGGAAACCACAGCACAAGAAAUCAUCUCUAAAAUCUUAUCAAGAUUCAAUAUGAAUAGCAGGGAUCCGAACCUCUUUUACAUCACCAUGGAAUCACUUAAUAAAACAGAAUGUGCCAGCCAGCCGGUGAAGAGCCUUCAGAAUAACAACCAUCCAUUAGAGAUGCAGCUGCAUAGCGGAGGCAAUGCCAAGUUCACCGUCCAGAUGAGGAGUGGUGGCGUAGUCAAGGUGUACGACAACUGUCUCACAUCAGCGUCGUUUUACAAGAGCAUGUUCAUCUCCAAGUACACCACAACAUACCAGCUGAUCCAGCUUCUUCUCAAUCAUUACGGCGUCGCCGAGGGACCGGAGAACUUCCUUCUCGCUGUUGUGGACGACAAUGGGAAGGAAGUGAAAGAACUGUCUAAAUGCGAUUGCCCGCUGCAGCUGCAACAAUCAUCCAGCGCAAAGAUCAGCUUUUCGUUGAAACGAGUCAUGAAACAAAGUAACCUUUCGCGGCCACACAGCUUCCACGGUGUAACAGAACAGAGAGCCAAGGAACACCACCUGCACAGUCUACGGAGGUCGUUGAGAAAGAAAGGGAAAAAUAUUCGCUUUGACUUCGACCAAACUGACGAAGAACGGGAAGAGGCGAUCGAGCAGCUCCGGUCGAACCUUCACCAGCUCACCAACAACAAGGAGAGUGUAUUCUAUAACGUUCAACGGUCGCCAUUGAAUGCAAAGAUCACACUCGAUAAAGAUGACCACAAGGAAUUCCUCCGUGCAAAAAUCGAGAAUCUCAAGCAAAGGAAAUUGUUAGAAAGUCGGCGCCAAUCUGACCAGUCAGUUUUGGAAGAUUUGGAAGCGUUGUUUGAGAACGAGCUUAUUCCUCCAUCUCGUCCGCACCGGACGUCACGUGUCGAGCAUAAUGUGAAUGGAUUGGAUAAGGAGAAUUACGCUGGAUCACCAGCCGAUGAAGACUCGUACCCAGGCAAACGCGAGGCGUAUUUAAGCAGUGAGGACUCCAGUGGUGUUGUGACGCCGGUUUUGAAAGAUGAUUUUGAGCAGCGUCUAAAUCGAGAGAAUGGUGAGGUGGAGAGUCAUUGGAGGCGUGGUUCCGAUGAAGUAUUGAAAAACUCAGACACUAGUUACGAGGGCGAAACCGAAAAAACGCUUUCAAACAUAAAUGUCCGUCAUAAUUCAAAAAAUGAGAAUAGGGACUCAGAAGCUGAAGGGGAAGGUCGUGCUGGUCUAGACGAUCGGGAGAUUUCUUAUUCAGACGACUAUAAGACACCAUUGGUGACACCAAGAACCCCAUUUCAGACACCUCGCGCUAAUCUUGUCUCUGAUAAUGACCCUAAUGCACUUGGCGUGCCAAAUGCUGAUCCUUAUGGCAGUCCCACCCCUACUGCCAGUGGGAGGGGCAGCAGAAUAUCGAACACCUCUGAUUUCCAAAGUGUUUCAUUUGAUAGCAGCGGGGCGCCGACCCCUACGCCUAAAAUGGAUGAAUACUCGUCUGUAGAGAAGGACACAUUCGCGCAGGCAGUGAAAGCUAAAAACACUAUGACCGCAAUAGAUGAGGCGAGGGAAAUAGAAAAGACUUUACAGAGUAGUGAUACAGAAAGUGAACCUGGCACUCCAUCAAAAGUGAAAACUGUACCCAAACUUCAAAAAUCACGGUCGACAGAGAAAGAUUUCACUCCUAGGAAGAGUAUAGCAUCUCUCCCUAGCGUUGGGACCACCCCCAUCCACACUCCACGAAUAGACUCAAAGAAAUCAAAACCAAAGGCUGGGAAAACGGAGUCAAAAACCUCUGAACUGGAUAGUGAAUCAGACACGAAGUCGAGGUCAAGGUCACAUAGUAUAAGGGCACAGGAUCCACCAAACAAUACCGCAAAGCGAAAAGAGGUCGCUCGUGGUAGAAUACAGAAUCCGGAUACUCCACCACAGACACCUCGGUCGGCACGUAGCAGAACGCACAGUACAGAGACUCCUUUUCGGACCUCUUCCCGAACUGACGACAUAUCGAGGUCAAGGACACAGUCACGGACUGAUGACGCUCCGUCGCGUUCACCACGUACACAGUCAAGAAACGAUAGGGGCGAAACAGUUAGAUCCCGUACACAAUCUAGAGCUGAUGAAACGCCAUUGCGUACUCCAAGAACGGAAUCUCGAGCUGAAGAAUCGGCAGAUGAAAAUAUGACUCCGAGGCCAAGGUCAAACUCUAGCCAAUCAGCACGCAGUGAUGUCGAAUCUCAAAGUCAGAGGGCUCGGAAGAUGCCGCCCGCAAGGUCAAAUCUACGACAUAAAGGCUCAAGUUUCAGUGACGGUGAAAGCACAGCUUCGCGCAAGACAAUUGUAAAACGUGUUGGUGCCGAUAGCAGGAGCGAGGAGUCCUUAAGAAAGCCUGUAGCAAAGGCGACUGUACAGAGAAAUGUAGCACGUGAGGUAAAAGGUUCACGUGCACCAGCUGUGCGAAGACCUAAUGUUUCUGGAUACUCCUCGGAUAAAACGCACGAGAAAGUUACACCGAAGAAAGACGUGAUGAAAAGAGAGAGUUCUAGCUUAGACUUGGAGAAAUCGUCGUUGAAUAAGACCCCAGUGACCAAGAAGAAAAGUAGUGGAGAAGAAACUGAUGGUGGCAAAGGUGAUGACAACGAUAGGCGUAGGAGCUCCACCAAGGAAUUCAGAGAAAUAGUCACGGAUAGGUUGUACCAGUUGAGUCGGACUCCGUCAACGAAACGGAAAAAUUAUAAACCUGUCCAGGUGGCGGAGAAGAAGCAAGUCUCGUCAGAGUCACAGCGGAGUUCAGGGGUGUCGUCUGUCGUGAAUGAUUCAGGUUCCCCUGAAACUCAGACACAUAACAACCCUGUGACAACCCCUGACUCUGAAGAAGCUAAGGUUAAAAGAAGCCAGACAACUCAUAGCCAUGGACACGGAAACCACAAAAGGAAUGAUACAACUGAGAAUCUACAAAAGACUACCGCAAGUAGUGGCUACAGUAGCGAUACAUUUGGAAACAGUUCAUCUGUGUCCAUGACGAGUGAGGAAGGAUUGAAAAGUACAGCCGAUGCGGCAAAUCGUCUGCGAAAAAUGAAUAGUUUAAAUUCUGAGGAUGAAUCCAUUGCUGAUGGAUCAGUGGUAUCUGAUGCAGAUAACACGUCAGCGAAGGAGAGCAUGACGAGUGACCUUGAGGCUCAGGAAAGGGAAAAUGCGUUGCAACGCAGACGACGCCGGCGACCCCGGCGAUCACUUCCUGCCAUCCCAAACAUGGCGGAGGUGGAUCUGGAAGAAAGGAAGAAACAACUUUUCUCCGGGGCGAAGCAGAGGUUACAACGUGUUUUCACGGAGAGUAGCUAUGAUUCGGAGAGUAGUAUGAAUAAAUCUGAUAUAGAUUCUCAAAGCGAACGUGGUGAGGGCAACGCAAGCCGGGCCAGCACGCUGACUGGCCGCGACGAGGAUGAAAGGCUCCCUCUAUAUUUGAUAUCUGCUUCUUGUCCGGAAACAGAAGACACAGGAGACGACCAGGCAUCGAUUGGUUCUAGUGCGUUCGAGUCACCGAAAAGUGAUGAUGAGGAAAUUAUGAAUGUCAUUUCUAGAGGUAAACAAAGAACUAAUUUCACAGCGGAGUUAGUUCCGCCGAUUCAAACAAACUUUUCACAGCCGUUAGGUGACAGUCGGUCUGGGUCAAAGGUCGGCACACACACCGAAGAACAAAUUUACAGAGCAAAGCAGAACUUAUUGAAAGGAAUUAAUGUAACUUUCAAAAAUCGACCGGCCCCCAAUGCCCGCGGUUAUCGGACUGACGCAGAAGAGGAAAGUGGAACUGGGCAGUCAACCGCUCGUGGUUAUAUCAGUGAUCAGGGAAAUAGAGGGUCCUCGGGAUACGUCAGCGAUCAAUCUACGCUUGCACGAACUCACGUGAACGCUGGGAAUCUUGGGCCUCUCCUGGUAAAAGGUGGCGCAAAUACAGCUGGUUUACCCAGGCAAUUAGUGCCCCUUGAUGCCGAUCAGGAAAGACUGAUUGCGGCGAAAUAUCAGUUUUUUCAGCAUCAGUUGAGUAGUAAAACAGGCUCUGUUCAUGAGGAAAUCCAAGACCCUUUAACCACCCCGAGAAUCAAAAAGAAGCUUACAAACUCGCAGACACAAACAGACAUUAGGAAACCUAAUUUUAACCGUCCAAGUAUACAAAAGGUGCUGCAGUCAUGUGAUCUGAUUACACUAACCAUUGAUAGGGGGCGCUACUUAUCAUAUGGUAUCAGGUUAUUCGAAGGUGUUUUUCAACCACUCUCUUCUCGUCAUUCGCUGAGGUCGCCUAGAGGAAAGCGCCCUCUGAUUGGGCAAACUAAAGGUGCUUUUAGUCGCGUGCGACCAAUGGCGAAUGAGGAUGAAAUCGAAUCAAUCAUUUCGGUCGAUAGACUUGGCGACAGGAGCGCGGCAAAGCAAGACGGUCGUCUUCAGGAAGGGGAUUAUAUCGUGGAGGUAAAUGGGAAUAACGUAAUGGAUGGCAGUCUGAUGGAGGUCCAGGGCGCCCUCGAGACAAGCGGGACGAAACUGGGCCUGGUGAUCGCUCGGACGAAAGUACUGAAUCUUGCGAAGGAGGAUAUCGGCCUGGCCCCGCACACGGACCUCGAGAAGGAGCUGGAAAAACUGAAGCUUAAGUAUAACAACGUGUUGGAAGAAUCACAGCAGAAGGAUCGCUUGAUUGAAGAGUUGAGGAGCGUGAUCGUGAAGAAGGCCCAGGUGCGCCAAGUCAAGGACGGGGUUAAGAACUGUAAGAUCAAUGUUGACCUGUUGGAGUGUUCCGCCGUGUGACGUCCGAAAAGCCAUGGACUUCUAUAGACAAGUCCGUCGUAAGGAUAGUUCUUGCUUUAUGAGGGGGAGAAUCUCAUGUUGGACUCUUGUCAUAUCGACUUCUUCUAAACUUUCCGUAAUAUGCAUAAGACCACAAGAUCCACACUUGCAACCCUGAACACAAAGAAAGUUACAUGUGUAUCAUUUUUCCGAUUGUGUGGAUCAGUUAAGUUUGGGCUGGUCGAUCGCUAUGAUUCUGGUAUAUCUUCACGCACUUGUGCUCUACUCCGGUCCCGAAUCGGAGAGUAUAGGUGAAACAAAAUGGUGGCCUUUGUUGGCAGCGCAGAAGGUCAUCUCCUAGCUUUGCCAUUGGUAACGAUUGCUUUAUAGUGAUACUAGCAUCGUUUACUCGCGCACGUUCGGCAUCGUCCCGUUGGUUACUUCCGGGCAGCAAAUGGAAGCAUAGUUCUCUCAUUGGGAGUUUGUGCGGAACGACCUAGUUCGUGGGGCUGCUCUGAUACCAAUUGACAGUGCUUUAAUGCAUGUGUAGCCUUGUAAAAACGUGUGUAAAGGAAAAUGAACAAAUGUAAUGUACCGUAGGAAGUGGGGAUAUUAGUUAGGAUUAUGAAAUUAUGAAAUAAAAUAUAUCUCAAUAGA